ACCGCCGCCGCCGCCACUCUGCGCUGGAGCCGCUGCGGGCCGGGCGCCGCGCCGGGCGGGAUGGAGGGCCCGGGGCUGGGCUCGCAGUGCAGGAAUCACAGCCAUGGCUCACACCUUCCCGGAUUUGGUCGCCACAGCAUCUGCACUCCCGAAAACAAAGACCUUUCGAAGGCAAAAGAAAUUCUUCCUCUUACAGAGGACUCCAGUAACUGUGACAUUGUCAAAGCUACACAAUAUGGAAUUUUUGAACGAUGUAAAGAGUUGGUAGAAGCAGGAUAUGAUGUCAGACAACCAGACAGAGAAAAUGUUUCUCUACUUCACUGGGCUGCCAUUAACAACAGACUGGAGCUUGUAAAGUUUUAUAUUUCCAAAGGUGCUGUGAUAGAUCAGUUGGGUGGUGAUUUAAAUUCAACUCCUCUUCACUGGGCCAUCCGACAAGGGCAUUUGCCUAUGGUCAUAUUAUUACUCCAGCAUGGUGCAGACCCCACUCUGAUUGAUGGAGAGGGAUUCAGCAGCAUUCAUCUGGCAGUCCUGUUUCAGCACAUGCCUAUUAUAGCAUAUCUCAUCUCAAAGGGACAGAGUGUGAAUAUGACAGACGUCAACGGCCAGACGCCUCUCAUGCUAUCAGCUUACAAAGUCAUUGGGCCAGAACCAACUGGAUUUCUUUUGAAGUUUAAUCCCUCUCUCAGUGCUGUUGAUAAAACACAUCAGAACACUCCGCUUCACUGGGCAGUUGCAGCAGGAAAUGUCAGUGCAGUUGAUAAGCUUCUGGAAGCUGGUUCUAACCUCGACAUCCGAAAUGCUAAAGGAGAAACACCUCUUGAUAUGGCUGUACAAAAUAAAAACCAGCUCAUUACUCACAUGCUAAAAACAGAAGCCAAGAUGAGAGCCAACAAAAGGUUUAGGCUUUGGAGGUGGCUACAUAAAUGCGAGCUCUCCCUGCUGCUGAUACUCUCUAUGAUCACCCUGUGGGCUGUUGGAUACAUCCUGGACUUCAAUUCAGACUCUUGGCUUUUAAAAGGAUGUCUUCUAGUAGCACUGUUGUUUCUGACAUCUUUAUUUCCGAGGUUUUUGGUUGGCUAUAAGAACCUUGUGUACUUACCAACAGUCUUUCUGCUAAGUUCCAUUUUCUGGAUAUUUAUGACUUGGUUCAUCUUAUUCUUUCCUGAUGUAGCAGGCAGCCCUUUCUGUAUUGCUUUCAUUCUCAGCAUCAUAGCCUUUCUCCAUUUUUUCUACAAGACUUGGGCAACGGAUCCAGGCUUCACCAAGUCUUCUGAGGAAGAAAGGAAAGUGAAUAUUGUCACCCUUGCAGAGACUGGCUGUCUGGACUUCAGAACGUUUUGCACAUCGUGUCUUAUAAGGAAGCCAUUAAGAUCACUCCAUUGCCAUGUCUGCAACUCCUGCGUGGCUCGAUUUGACCAGCACUGCUUCUGGACUGGACGCUGCAUAGGUUUUGGCAACCACCAUCAUUACCUCCUCUUCUUGCUCUCCCUUUCCAUGGUGUGUGACUGGAUCAUUUAUGGAUCUUUUGUCUACUGGUCAAACCAUUGUACCACAACCUUCAAGGAAGAUGGACUAUGGACCUACCUCAGUCAAAUAGUGGCCUGUUCUCCCUGGGUUUUGUAUAUCUUCAUGCUAGCAGCUUUCCAUUUCUCAUGGUCAACAUUUUUACUAAUCAAUCAACUCUUCCAGAUUGCAUUUCUGGGCCUAACCUCCCAUGAGAGAAUCAGCCUAUUAAAGCAGAGCAAGCACAUGAAGCAGACAUUGUCCCUCAGGAAGACACCGUAUAACCUUGGCUUCGCUCAGAACCUGGCAGAUUUCUUUCAGUGUGGCUGCUUUGGCUUAGUGAAGCCCUGCGUGAUAGACUGGACCUCCCAGUACUCCAUGGUCUCCCACCCAGCCAAGGAGAAAGCCCUUCGCUCUGUGUGAGGAGGAGACCGCAGAGCUCUCUCCCGCCCGCUUCUGUCCGUGUUGGUGCUGUGAGGUCUGAAAGGAAAGUGACAUGCCGAGCUCACCACGGUCCAAAACCGUGGGAACGCGAUCCUCUGUCAGACCUGGAGAGCCUGUUAUUGAGCAGUUUGGCGGGCAUCCUUAAAAUACUUCAUAUCUUCCCCCAGGACAUGAAUUACUUUUUAAAACAACAUACUAGUCACUGAUUAUGGAUAAAAUAGAGUAUUUUCAGAUACUGUAUUGGCUUUUUAAAAAUAGUACUCUUGAAACUCGUAAUUUUUGAUAAGUUAUUUGUCUUUAUUGUAUCUAUAAUAUGUAAAGAGUAUUUAAAUAGAUGUACCUGUUUUGCUUUCACACAAUAAAAACACUUUUUUU